AUGAGUGGAAGAAAGGCUUACACGUGUAUACCAUGUCGGAAUAGAAAGAUAAAGUGCGACAGACAUCGAGUAUGCGGACAAUGUAAACGUAAAUCAAUCACAUGCGAAUGGCCUUCUAACGGUAUUCCCCUCGAGGAUGAAAUGCCCUCAACUGCUUCCCCGUCAUCCUCGACGCAACCGCAUAUACCACGUUAUGCUGUCCAGGUCGAAUCAAGGGACUCUACCCCUCCAACGGUAGAUGUACCUCAUACAGUUGUACAUGCUGAACAAUUAGAUCACUCCAUCUUGAACGAUCCGAAAGGUCUUCCUACGAACGGUAAUACUCCAAAGGGAAGUACACCACGUCAGGCUUUCCCCUUUGACGGUGAAGGUGUCUGGACAGAACAUCUGGUCACAGAACGUCUAAUGAAGCCUUUACCAAGUAGAGCGGAAGCAGACACAUUACUUGAACGGGUCGAAUGGAUUCAUCACCCUUUACAUCUUCCUACGUUCUUGGCUCAGUAUAAUCGAUUUUGGACGAUGUCCAUCUCUCAGCGUUGCGAGACAGUUCAUUCUCGAUGGCUCGCUUUAUUGUACAUCGUCCUGUGUUUAGGAGAUCAUUUCGGUGACGAAGAGCUGAGUACGAACGCGACAUUAGAAGCCGAAUUGGUUGCCGCCUGCGAAGACGCUCUGGCAUACUCUGAUUUCCUAAAUCAACCUACCAUGGAGACACUGCAAACUAUAAUCUGUCUAAAUAUCUACCUGAAUAACAAGAACCGCGUCACUGCAGCGAAAAGUCUGCUGGGAACCGCUAUCAAGAUGGCAAUCUGUAUGGGCCUUUCACGCAUACCCAAUGAAACUCACAUAUCAGACGAGCAAGGUGCAAUAGAGAGAGAGAUCGGAAGGAGGAUAUGGUGGUCGUUGGUUUGUCAAGAUGCUUACACAGCUUCCAACAGUGGUUUCAGCUAUUCUAUCAACCUUUCCCAUUCGUCCACUGGGAAAUUCGCCAAUGUCGAAGAUGAAGAGAUUCGAGGAGGAUCAUCAUAUUUUUCAAGACCGAUAAAAGACAUCAAUAGUUCUACAUUUCAUUUAUGCAAGAUCAACUUUGCGAUAGUAGUAAGAAGCUUCAUCGAUGCUGUGAAUCUAAAUUUCCCCGAUGCUUCAUAUGAAGAUAUCAUGUCAUUGGACAAAAGGUUUAGACAAGUAUAUGAAAAUUUACCAAUACAAUUACGACCUGAUUUGACACAGGCGUUUGAACUUUCUUUUGCUGGAUCAAAAAGAUAUUUAGUCGAGCAGAGGAUUUUUAUGGGUAUAACUUUACAUAAUAGAAUAAUGAGAUUACAUCGUUCAUAUAUGGUGAGAGGAUACGAUGAUCCUCGUUAUUCUUAUUCGACAAAAGUUUGUCUUGAAUCAGCUUAUGCUUUACUCGAUCUCGUCAAACAAAGUCCUCAAACUUUAUGUAAAUGGUGGGUAGUGCUGGUUCAUGUUUGGACAAGUGGUUUGAUCAUCUCUGCCGAUCUCGUAAGAGGUACUCAAGAUUCCCAAACUAGAGACAAACAUCGAAAUGGAGUUAAAAUGGCACUCUCCUUACUUGAACCCAUCUCCAGAACCAGCCCGGUGGCCUUAAGAGGUGUCAAAGUUUUGAAAGCCCUUUUGGAAACAGAUCAAGUUCAAGCGGAGUCUCGGAAAAGGAAAAGAACAGAUGAUCAGCCUCCAAACAAUUUUACAGAAAACAACAUAACUUCAAUAGAAGAAUUGGAACAACUCCUUCGAGAUGCUGCUUCUGCGCCAACGUCAGCUCAUAAUUUACCAGAGGCAAAUGUGGUACCUGACGAGUUUUGGAGGACGCUGUUCCAAAUGAACCAAUGGUAA